UCGGUAUCAAUAAACAUGGCGAUUUCUGCUGAAUUAAAAUGCAUAAGCUGAAGAACUUGUGUUCAAAUACUGUGAUAAAAAAUUAGCUCAAGUUCUAUCUGAGUUCAGUGGAGACGUUCUGUGAUAAAUAACACUGAUUGAUAAAAUAAACUGCUGUAGAUAUGAUGAUAACUAAAAAAGUUAUCGAACUAAAAUUAGCUUCCUAUUUUCAUUUAAAUAAAUUUUCUUUGAAUUUCCCAUUUUUCAGGUGUAGGCAGUUCAGUAAGAAUGUAAAACAAAAACCUACCAGAGCUGAUUUCCGAAUGGCACCUAAUGUGUUCCGUCAAAAGACGAUUUAUAGUGCUAUAGUUCAGGAUAUAUUUGAUGCAUCAUCAACAAUAAAGAUCUUACGUCUGCACAUUAAAGAACAAGGGUUUUCUUUUAAAGCUGGACAGUGGGUAGAUUUUUAUGUUCCUGGUAUUCCAGAAGUUACAGGUUACAGUAUGACCUCUGCACCAAAUGAUGCCAAAGAGAGAGGAAUUUUAGAAUUAGCUAUUAAAUAUGGGAAGUUUCCUCCAACGCAUUGGGUCCAUACAAAUUGCUGUCCUGGGAAAGAAGUUCACAUCAGAGUUGGUGGUGAUUUCUUUUAUGAUCCAUUAUCUAAUAGAGAAGAAGCAGAAGCUGAUCUCUUAUUAGUUGGAGGAGGUGUUGGUAUAAACCCCUUAGUAUCAAUAUUAUGUGAAUACAGAGACUUACUUUGUGCUACCAAAUUUCAAAAUGAAUAUUCAGUUAAGCCAGGGAGAGUUCACUUAAUGUACAGUGCAAGGACAGAAGAAGAACUUGUCUUUAAGGAUACAUUUACAGUUAUGGAAAUUGAGCAUCCAACUUUGACAUGCGAGUAUUUUGUUACAAGGGAAGUGGAAAAGCAUCCAAAACCAGGUAUAAAAUAUUCUCGAAUAGAAGAAUCUGAUGUCAUAGAAUCUGUGCGAAAACUUGAAACUGGGAAAACAUUAUGCUAUGUUUGUGGCCCCUCUACCAUGACAGAUGAUGUGGCUAACUGGCUUGAAAAAUUGGGAAUUAGGAAAGAAUUCAUUAGAUAUGAGAAAUGGUGGUGACAUAUAAGUAUUUUAUUUAAAGCAGGGUAACGAAAAGCCUUGCUGUCUUUUAAGAAGAAACUGUACAAGGUGCCUAAUUACAAAUGCAUUGCAUUCUGAUGUAAAUAUAUAAAACAAAUAAUCUAUUUUCAAUUUUUUAUUCACAUUAAAUGUACUAUUAUUACAAAGGUAUUUUUCAUAUGUAUCAUAAAAGUUACAUAGAUCAAAAUUUUCAUAAAAUUGGCAUUUGAAAAUAUGAGAGAUCAUUAAAAAAUCUGGUAUUAUAAGACUAAACUAGUUAAGCAUAUUGCCAUAGGCCACAGUAAUACAAAAUAUUUGUGAUAAUAAAUUUAUGAUGGAGAAAACAUUUUAUGGUGACUUAAUGUUUCUCUUUGUAUAAUAAAAAUUCAAUAAAAAUGUAAAAUUAUCACUAAAAAAAGCGCUAACAUCAGGUAGCAUAGUCUCACACAGAAGUAUUGCACGUUCCAGAGAUAAUGUUUAAAAAUGAAUUAAAUUUCAAAUAAGUUUGGAUGCAUUAUCACUUUAAUCAUUACAACCAUCAUUCAUAAAAUGCCAAUGCACACUCUAAACGUUUGAUUUAAUAUGCUUUGCUUUCUGUAAGUACUGAGUUGAAAACAGUUUUUAGAUUUCUUUUUCCUUUUUAACACAGUUCAUAUCAUCCUCAUGAUUAAAUCUGACAUCACAAAAGUGUUUAAAAAUUUUUCAUACAAAACAAUAAACAUCUUGGAAUUUCUACACUGAGAUUGCAUAGUUAAAUGUAUUCAAGAUUAAAUUACUGAAUUCAUGUUUGAUUCCGUUUCACUGCAAAGAUCAAGCUAGGUAGUUAUCCUAUCAUUCUUUUUUUUUUUUUUUUUUUUUAAUUAAUAAUGCAAUGCUCAUUUUCUACAUUAGAGCACUUUGCUACAAACAAAUUAAGGAAAAACAAAGUUGUCCUUAAACAUGGGAAAUCAUUUAAAUUUAUAUAAUUACUUUAAUCUAGCAAAUUGUUUAAUCAAGCUUUUGUAAAAUAUUGUUUACUAUUUAUGAUCUAUUUCUAAACUGUUGUUUCAGUAUGAUGAAGUUAUAAUUUAGGGACAUGUCCAUAGACAUCUGACUUUGUAUUAAAUUAUAUUUAUAAUUUUUGAUUUUUAUGUGCUGUAUCUUUUUUAUAGUUCAAGUCAAAUAAAAAUUAAUUUUUCUUAUUUUA